AUGUCAAGCACGAGCCCAUGGGCCCUUGGCUCCCUUGGCCCUCUCCUGACACCUACCAAUUUUCUCCUCGCCCUUCUUGUCAUCGUCGGGUCAUCGCAGGUCUCUAAGAUCCUCCACAGAGGUGCGCACACCGCGCGCAUUUCCGGGCCACCUUCGCCGAGCUGGCUCUUCGGCGUCGGCCGCAUCCUGCGAGCCGCGUCCGACCCCGCAACCAUGUACGAAGGCUGGUCGCGCGCGCACGGCUCCGUGUACGCGCUGCCCGCCGCGUUCGGCACGCGCAGGAUCGUGCUCAUGGACCCUAAGGCGAUCUCACACUGCUGUGCGCGAGACACGCACGGGUACUUCAAAUACAAGCUGGCGAAGCUCGCGAUCCAGGACAUGGUUGGAAAGGGACUCUUGUGGUCUGAUGGAGACUCCCACAAGCGUCAGCGCAGGAUCCUCAACCCCGCGUUCAGCAAUGUUACCAUCCGGAAGCUGACCCCGAUCUUCUUCGAUGUCGGGUACAAGGUCAAGACCGCCUGGGACGAGUUCAUAGAAGCGGGUACGACAGACGAGAGCGUGAUCGACGUUCAGACUUGGAUGAAUCAUGUCUCGCUCGACAGCAUUGGCCUCGCUGGCUUCGCUCACGACUUUGGCACGUUACGGGGUGAGAAGCCGACCGUCGCGGCGGUAUUCGAUGCCUUUGGCCAUGGCAAGGUCUCCCCUCUGCAAGGGAUUAUAUUCGCCCUCGCCCCCGCGCACAGUACGCAGGCUCAACCGGAGUAUGGGGGAGAUUGCAGAUGUCAUGCUCGAGCGCUCGCGCAAGGCAGGGGAGAACGAUCUGGAGAGAGCUCAGCGAUACUACCCACAGUAAAAGCGGAGGGGAAUGAAGAAAUCAUCACUCAGGACGAGAUCAUGGCGCAGAUGAAGGUCAUGAUGCUGGCAGGAUACGAGACAACCUCCAUGGGCACUGGUCGAACUGUCGAAGAGUUAGACAUGCAGACCAGGCUUCGCGACGAGCUGGCAAAACUCGGCGCUGUCGAUCCCACCUGGGAUCAGUUGACAGACAGCCUGCCAUACCUCGAUGCCAUCGUACACGAGACGCUACGGGUUCACCCUCCGGCGGUGGAGAUCAACCGCGUUGCCAUGGAAGACGACGUGGUCCCCCUGAGCACGCCAACGCGCGCAGCAGCAGGCGGCGCGACGACAGAUCGCAUCGCGAUCGCGCGCGGAACGAUCAUCACGGUGCCGAUCCGCUCCAUUCACCUCUCAGAAGAUAUCUGGGGACCGGACGCCAAGACGUUCAGGCCCGAGCGGUGGCUCAGCGGCGACGAGCCUGCCGCGGCGCGCGCGCGAGAGCUGUCGGGGCACCGCCAUCUGCUCACGUUCUUUGAUGGCCCUAGAAUCUGCAUCGGGAAGAGCUUCGCGCUCGCUGAGAUCAAGGCGGUACUGUCUGUGCUGGUGCGCAACUUCGCAUUCGAGCUCCGUGACGGGCUCGCGACGAAGAUCAAAACGAAGGUGGCAAUCAUGUCGCGCCCGGCAAUCGAAGGGGAGGAGGGGAUCGAGUUGCCGCUGCGUGUCAGGAGGCUAGUGUGA